UUCACAUUUUUUGGGCCAGGACCCCCCUAAAUUCCCAUUUUUCUGGGCCAGACCCCCCCUAAAUUUCCAUUUUUCUGGGUCAGGACCCCCGAAAUUUCACAUUUUUUGGGCCAGAACCCCCUAAAUUUCACAUUUUUGUGGCCAGAACCCCCCCUAAAUUCCCAUUUCUGGGGCCAGGAUCCCCCAAAUUUCCCAUUUUUGUGGCCAGGACCCCGUUAAAUUUCACAUUUUUGUGGCCAGAACCCCCCAAAUUUCACAUUUUUGUGGCCAGGACCCCCCUAAAUUCCCAUUUUUGGGGCCAGACCCCCCCUAAAUUUCCAUUUUUCUGGGUCAGGACCCCCCUAAAUUUCGCAUUUUUUGGGGCCAGACCCCCCCUAAAUUCCCAUUUUUCAGUGUCAGGACCCCCUAAAUUCCCAUUUUUGUGGCCAGGACCCCCCAAAUUUCACAUUUUUGGGGCCAGAACCCCCCAAAUUUCCCAUUUUUGGGGCCAGACCCCCCCUAAAUUUCCAUUUUUCUGGGUCAGGACCCCCUAAAUUUCGCAUUUUUUGGGCCAGAACCCCCCAAAUUUCACAUUUUUGUGGCCAGGACCCCCCACAUUUCCCAUUUUUUUGGGCUCACCCCCCCAAAAACCCCCCCAAAACCCCCCCAAACCCCCCCGGCCCGCCAUGGCCGACCCCAUCAUGGAGCUCUUUGACGACCCCGGCCUCUUCGGCCUGGACCCGCUGCCCGAGGACCUGGUGGCCCCCGCGGCCGCCCCUCCCCCCGGCGACCCCCUGGCCGAAGCCCUGGGGCUCUCGGGGGCCCUGGAGCCCCCUCCCCCCGCCCCGGCCCCGCCCCAGGACCCCGCCCCGCCCGCCCCUCCCCCGCCCGGCCCCGCCCGCCCGCCCCUCCCCCCGCCGCCGGACGCCGAGCUGCUGAGCCAGGGCAACCCCUUCAUGGGGGCCACCGCCCCUCCCCCGCCGCCGGGCACGCCCGCCCCGGCCCCCAAAAUCGUCAUCCUCAAAGCCCCGCCCCCCGGCGGCCCCGCCCCGGCCGCGCCCAACGGCGGCAAAGUCGCCCUGGCCAAGGUGCUGGGGGCGGCGGCGGCCCCGCCCCAGAUCCGCCCGGGCGUGGCCGCAGCGGCGGCGGCGGGCGUGGCCAAAGGGGGCGUGGCGGCGGCGGGGGGCGUGGCCGCGGCGGGCCGGCAGGUGAAGCAGCUGCUGCUGCAGCCCCUGAAGCCGGGGGCGGGCGGCCCCGCGGCGCCCCUGAAGCCCGGCCUGAGCCUGGGCCCCGCCCAGGGCGAGUCCAAGCGCAUCACGCUGGUGCUGCAGCAGCCGCCGGGGCCGGGCGCGGCGCCGGGCCAGCGCCACGUGGUGCUGGGCACGCUGCCCGGCAAGCUGCUGCUGCAGGGCGGCGCCGCCGCGGCCGCGCCCGGCGCUCCGGCCAAGGCGGCGCCCGGCGCUCCGGCCAAGGUGGUGACCAUCCAGCUGCAGGUGCAGCCGCCGGCCGCGCCCGGCCAGCCCGGCCAGCCCCAGAAGAUCCAGCUGAUCCAGCAGGCCGGGGCGGGGCCCGUGGGCGUGGCCCAGGUGCCGCAGGUGGUGGGCGGGGCCGGGCAGAGGCUGACCGUGCCGCUCAAGGUGGUGCUGCAGCCGCAGGCCGCCUCCUCGUCCGGCGGCUCCUCGGCCGGCCUCUCGGUGGUCAAGGUGCUGAGCGGCGCCGAGGUGGCGGCGGCGGGCGCGGCGGCGGCGUCGGUCGGCGCGGGGCGCGUCGGACAGAGAGCCGGCGGCUGGGAGCACCAGAAGAAGCAGGAGAAGGCCAACCGCAUCGUGGCCGAGGCCAUCGCCCGCGCCCGCGCCCGCGGCGAGCAGAACAUCCCGCGCGUGCUCAACGAGGACGAGCUGCCCAGCGUCCGGCCCGACGACGACGGCGAGCGCAAGCGGCGCCGCAAGGGCCCCGGCGAGCGCGGCGCCGGCAAGGAGGAGCGGCCGCGGCGCGGCAAGGGGCAGGGCGGCGGCAAGAGCAAGGGGCGGGGCAAGGCCAGCACCAUCACGCCGGUGGUGGGGAAGAAGCGCAAGCGCAACGCCUCCUCGGACAAUUCGGACUCGGAGGCGCUGCCGGCGCCGUCCCCGCGCCGCGACGACGACGGCGGCGUCCAGAAGCGGCGCUCGAACCGGCAGGUGAAGCGCAAGAAGUACACGGAGGACCUGGACAUCAAGAUCACGGACGACGAGGAGGACGAGGAGCUGGACGUGACGGGGCCGGCGCGGCCGGAGCAGCCGCCGGCGCCGCCGCCGCCCGAGCCCGACGGCGACGCGCUGCCCUCCAUGCAGUUCUUCGUGGAGAACCCGAGCGAGGAGGACGCCGCCAUCGUGGACAAGGUCCUGUCCAUGCGCGUGGUCAAGAAGGAGGUGAGCGGUCAGUGGUGGAGGGCCGAGGAGUUCUUCGUCAAGUACAAGAACUACUCCUACCUGCACUGCUCGUGGGCGACGAUCGCGCAGCUGGAGAAGGACAAGAGGAUCCACCAGAAGCUGAAGCGCUUCAAGACCAAGAUGAACCAAAUGCGGCACUUCUUCCACGAGGAUGAGGAGCCCUUCAACCCCGACUACGUGGAGGUGGAUCGGAUCCUGGACGAGUCGCACAGCGUGGACAAGGACAACGGCGAGCCCGUGGUGUACUACCUGGUGAAGUGGUGCUCGCUGCCCUACGAGGACAGCACCUGGGAGCUGCAGGAGGACGUGGACGAGGCCAAAAUCGCCGAGUUCAAACGGAUCCAGGCGCGGCACCCCCGAGCUCAAGAGACAGGUGAGACACGCCCCCCGCAGGCCGGGGCCUGGAAGAAGCUGGAGGCGUCGCACGAGUACAAGAACCACAACCGGCUGCGGGAGUACCAGCUGGAGGGGGUCAACUGGCUGCUCUUCAACUGGUACAACAGGCAGAACUGCAUCCUGGCGGACGAGAUGGGGCUGGGCAAGACGAUCCAGUCGAUCGCCUUCCUGCAGGAGGUGCACGGCGCAGGUGUGCGCGGCCCCUACCUGGUGAUCGCGCCGCUCUCCACCAUCGCCAACUGGGAGCGCGAGUUCGGCACCUGGACGGGGCUGAACACCAUCGUGUACCACGGGAGCCUGGCCAGCCGGCAGAUGAUCCAGCAGUACGAGAUGUACUGCAAGGACAGCAAGGGCCGGCUGAUCCCAGGUGCGUACAAGUUCGACGCGCUCAUCACCACCUUCGAGAUGAUCCUGAGCGACUGCCCCGAGCUGCGCGAGGUGCCCUGGCGCUGCGCCGUCAUCGACGAGGCGCACCGGCUCAAGAACCGGCACUGCAAGCUGCUCGACAGCCUCAAGCACAUGGAGCUGGAGCACAAGGUGCUGCUGACGGGCACGCCCCUGCAGAACACGGUCGAGGAGCUCUUCAGCCUCCUGCACUUCCUGGAGCCCUCCCAGUUCCCGUCCGAGGCCGAGUUCCUCAAGGACUUCGGCGACCUCAAGACCGAGGAGCAGGUGCAGAAGCUGCAGGCGCUGCUGAAGCCGAUGAUGCUGCGGCGGCUGAAGGAGGACGUGGAGAAGAACCUGGCGCCCAAGCAGGAGACCAUCAUCGAGGUGGAGCUGACCAACGCGCAGAAGCGCCUGUACCGCGCCAUCCUGGAGCGCAACUUCGCCUACCUGGCGCGCGGGGCGGGGCACGGCAACGUGCCCAACCUGCUCAACACCAUGAUGGAGCUGCGCAAGUGCUGCAACCACCCCUACCUCAUCAACGGUGCGGAGGAGCAGAUCGUGGCCGAGCUGCGCGCCUCGCUGCCCGCGCCGCCGCCGCCGGACCUGGCGCUGCAGGCGCUGGUGCGCUCGGCCGGCAAGCUGGUGCUGCUGGACAAGCUGCUGCCGCGGCUGCGCGCCGGCGGCCACAAGGUGCUGGUCUUCUCGCAGAUGGUGCGCUGCCUGGACAUCCUGGAGGACUACCUCAUCCAGAAACGGUACCCGUACGAGCGCAUCGACGGGCGCGUGCGCGGCAACCUGCGGCAGGCGGCCAUCGACCGCUUCAGCCGGCCCGACUCGGACCGCUUCGUCUUCCUGCUGUGCACGCGCGCCGGCGGGCUCGGCAUCAACCUGACGGCCGCCGACACCUGCAUCAUCUUCGACUCCGACUGGAACCCCCAGAACGACCUCCAGGCGCAGGCGCGGUGCCACCGCAUCGGGCAGAGCAAGGCGGUCAAGGUCUACCGGCUGAUCACGCGCAACUCCUACGAGCGCGAGAUGUUCGACAAGGCCAGCCUGAAGCUGGGCCUGGACAAGGCCGUGCUGCAGUCCAUGAGCGGCCGCGAGGGCAACAUCGCCGGGAUCCAGCAGUUCUCCAAGAAGGAGAUCGAGGACCUGCUGCGCAAGGGCGCCUACGCCGCCAUCAUGGACGAGGACGACGAGGGCGCCAAGUUCUGCGAGGAGGACAUCGAGCAGAUCCUGCUGCGCCGCGCCACCACCAUCACCAUCGAGAGCGAGGGCAAGGGCUCCACCUUCGCCAAGGCCAGCUUCGUGGCCUCGGAGAACCGCACGGACAUCGCGCUGGACGACCCCAACUUCUGGCAGAAGUGGGCCAAGAAGGCCGACCUGGACCUCGACCUGCUCAACAGCAAGAACACGCUGGUGAUCGACACGCCGCGCGUGCGGAAGCAGACGCGGCACUUCAGCACGCUGCGCGACGACGACCUGGUGGAGUUCUCGGACCUGGACAGCGACGACGACCUGGAGCGGCUGGACCGGGCCACCCGCUCGCGGCGCGGCCACCAGCACCAGCACGGCGGCCACCAGCAGGGCCAGCAGCAGCAGCAGCAGCACGGCCACGCCCAGCACGGCCCGGCCGCGCCCGCCGCUCCGGCCGCGCCGGCGCCCUUCGGGAGGAGCGACUGCGUGCGCGUGGAGAAGCACCUGAUGGUCUACGGGUGGGGCCGCUGGCGCGAGCUGGCCGCGCAGGGCCGCUUCAAGCGCCGCCUGUCGGAGCGCGACGUGGAGAGCCUGGGCCGCGCCAUCGUCCUCUUCUGCCUGCGGCACUUCCGCGGCGACGACGGCACGCGCGCCCUGGCCUGCGCCCUGCUGGCCCCCGGCCACAACGGCCGCGCCCGGCCCGCCCUCGGCCACCCCGGCGCGGCGUCGCCGGCGCUGCCGCGCGGCCGCAAGGGCAAGAAGGCGCCGAAGGUUCCGGAAGCGCCGGCGGCCGAGUGGCUGCUGCAGGACGAGGGCUACCGGAAACACCUGCGGCACCAGAGCGGCAAGCUGCUGCAGCGGCUGCGGGCGCUGCACGUGCUGCGCCAUGACGUCAUCGGCGCCGAGGCCGAGAAGGUUCUGGGCGGGGCCAGCGCCAGCGAGGUGCACAUCUGGAUCCCGCUGCUGGAGCAGCCGGAGGCGCCCUCGGCCUGGUGGGACCCCGAGGCCGACAAGUCCCUGCUCAUCGGGGUCUUCAAGCACGGGUACGAGCGGUACCACACCC